AUGGUGGGCUUGCCAGCCCGUGGCAAGUCUUACAUCACCAAGAUGCUGAUGAGAUACUUGACGUGGAGUGGCUUUCCCGUCAAGUCUUUCAACGCGGGCAACUUGCGCCGACAAGGAGGGAACGCUGGGGCCUCGGCGCAGUUCUUCAGCUCCACCGAGGAGGCAACAAAGCGACGUGAGGCCAUUGCCGAUGCAUGCAUGGCGGAGGCGAUCGAGUGGCUACGUAUGCACAAGAGUGUGUGUGUCGCCAUUUUCGAUGCAACGAACACGACGAAAAGACGGCGACAGCGCCUCAUCGACCGAUGCCGACAAGUUACGGGCAUCACAGCAGUGUUUGUCGAGAGCAUCUGCGACAACAAGGAAAUUCUGGAACGAAACUAUUCGCUCAAGUUGGCGAACGACGACUACAGGACGAUGGACCCUGCGAAGGCGCGUGCAGACUUCAUCCAGAGAGUGAAGGAGUAUGAGACCAGGUAUCAGACAGUGGCGGACACGGAAGACGGAGGGGAGAUCUGCUACAUCAAGCUCUUCAAUGUUGGCCAGAAGGUGGAGAUGCACCAUUGCUCUGGAUAUUUGAUGAGUCAGAUCGGCUUCUUCCUGUCGAACAUCCACAUCAGCCCACGCUGCAUCUGGCUAACACGCCACGCAGAGAGUGAAGAUCAACUGUCAGGCAUCCUCGGAAGCCAUCGCGGAGAACUUACGAAAAAUGGUCGCAACUACUGCAGAGAGUUGUCAGCGUUCUUGCGCAAGUGCCGCCGUGAGAUGGAAGAGGCUGGACAGGUGGAGACCAGCGGUGACAUUUUGGUGCUAAUGGGCACUGCUCCUGUCCACUACUCCACGCUGCAGGCGAUGAUGAUGCGAGGCUCGAGCCCGAACCUGACCUCCGACCUCAACGGGGAGUUCACGCCAGGAGGCGCCCUGCACUGCAAGGGCUUCCAGGCUAUGAGCACUUCCCUUUUGAAUGAGCUGGAUGGCGGUGUUUGCAACGGCCUGAGCUAUGCAGAGAUACAGCAAGACUACCCAGAUCUUUGGGGUGCUCGGGAACGAGACAAGCUCAACUUCCGCUACCCAAACGGCGAAUCGUACAAGGACGUGAUAGGACGACUGCGCCCCAUCAUUAUCGAGCUGGAACGGCAGCGUCGCUCCAUCCUCGUCAUCUCGCACUUGGCCGUGCAGAGGUGUUUGUACGCGUACUUCACCGGAACGCCCAUGGAGGAAAUCCCGUUCUUGGAGAUGGACAUGCACACCGUUGCGGAGCUACGGCCUGGCGCUUUUGAUUGCGAGGUUCGGACAGUGAAGCUCUGGGAAACGAGUCCAGAAUGCCCGACACCUCUGAAGUAG